AUGUCUCUGGUGAUGCUUGGCGUCCAAGCUCUUGGAUAUAGUCUUCCACUGAUCACUGGUGCAGAAGCUCUCUUUAAGAGGAAGUCAUCUGAAUCUUAUGAAAGUUCAUCUUAUUAUCUUGAAAAGAAUCAGUGGCUCAAUGUGAUUGAUUACGCGGUGAAACUUCUUGUUAUGGUAGCAUUUCUAGUAACUCUAAGGCUCUGUCAGAAGGUGUGGAAAUCUCGUAUCAGAUUACUUACGAGAAGCCCCCGUGAACCACAUCGUGUCCCAAGUGAGAAAUGGGUGUUUCUUGCUACCUUGGCCAUACAUGUGAUUGGGUAUGUAAUUGUGCUCAUCAUUCAUUCUGCAAAAACCAGCCAGAUACCUGUUCAAAUGGUGGAAUACAUUGAUUCGUCGGGUAAUUCCCAUACUAUUCGGGAAUGGGAAACCAAACUAGAGGAGUAUGUGGGUCUUGCUCAGGAUUUCUUCUUGCUCCCACAAGUAAUAGGCAAUAUUAUCUGGCAAAUUGAUUGCAAGCCACUGAGGAAACUUUACUUUAUUGGGAUCACUGUUGUCAGACUUCUCCCUCAUUUCUAUGAUUACAUGAAAUCACCUGUUCGCAAUCCAUACUUUGCUGAAGAAUAUGAGUUUGCGAACCCGAAUAUGGAUUUCUACUCUAAGUUUGGGGAUAUUGCCAUACCAGCCACUGCAGUUUUUCUUGCAGUUGCAGUCUAUAUUCAGCAGAGGUGGAAUUAUGAGAAGCUUAGCCAAACUCUCACUAUUGGCCAUCGAAGGCUACUUCCUUUGGGAUCCAGAGCUUAUGAGAGGUUGCCAUCGAAGUCAAUUGAAGCUGAGCUUGCUUCUGGUGUCAAUGGGAAUACCAAAUUGGAGACAGAACAUGAAGAUGAAGAAUAA